CCGGAUCAGAACUUUGGACUUGCGCUUCUGUGAUCAGUUACUCCUACCUCGUCUUUCCAGUUGCACCAGUUUUGAUCAGUACACAUUGAAUGAGCAAACAUGGCAGCAUUCUCUACCUUGUCCUCUUUGUAUCGAUUUCUCCUCUCAACAUUCCAACCCUCACUGCCGCCCCCUGAAGCUUCGAAGAUGGGAACUGUCAACGUUCAGAACUUCGACUACCAUCAGUUUCGCCAUUAUGUCCUGGACGAGAUCCCAGAGCAGUUUGCAACAGAAGAUCUCAUGCUUGCCGCAGGCAGGAUCAUACACGGAGAUGCCACCCUCUGGCGUCUCUUCGGACUCGACGCCCAUCAACUGGCGCAAGAAGGCGUCAAGAUCCGAUGUCGUACGCUUGUUGAGUGUAUGAUGGACGGUAUGGCCCGCACCGUAGCACAGGACAUCAACAAGAUUGUUCAAGAAUCGGCAUCAGCCUCGACAACAGCCACGCUUGCGGUAUAUGAUCUAUUCUGCGGAAGUGGCAACUUCUCGUUUCACCUCUCAGAGCAGAUCAAUUGCACCUUGCUCGCGUCCGAAAUGGAUCCCAACGUAUAUUCAAAUCUGAAUGACAAUUUCAAACAGUUGGGAGUGUUUGACCAAACACAAGACCGGACUUUGCAGAUAGAGAAUUGCAGCUAUGCAGAUUUGCUGAAAACACGAAAAGCAGCCUCAGGUCCUGAGGUCUACAUAGUUGACCCACCCUUUGGCAGUGCAUUCAGUGAUGCAGGGAUGGAUUUUACGAAGACAGACCCCUCACUGCCUCAGAUCCUUGAAGAUAUUAGGCCCUCAAAUCGGGGGGUUCCUGUUUUUGUUGUGCUGAAAGGGACGGAUAAUGUUGUACAGCCGGCGUUCGAUGACAUAUGGAUAGGGGGUGAAUUGUUAGCAAAGAUCUCUGUUAAGCCAGAGCUGCCAUUCGGAAAGAACGCUGUGUUCUACGUGUAUCGGUAUGGAUCUCUAUAGCUUCUCUAAUAGAUCCUGUCGUAUAACAACAUUCACU